GGACUUUGCAGCUGCUUCCUCUAAUGCUCCCCCCGCCACCCCCCGCAGGAAAAUGGAGUUGAAAACCACAGGCACCUGUUGAAGGAAGGAAACAAACACUUAGGAGAGCUAAAGAGUGCUUGAAAAAAGUGAAGCUAUUGUGAGUUGUUGGAACUGUGCACCUGAAUUAAGCAUGGGGUCCCAGCCUGGGCCAGGAAGCCCUGAGAAAACAACAGGUAUGACUACAGAUGAAGACUGGGACAGAGGCCUGCUUGAAAACCAGCUUGGAGUCAACGAUUUUGUAAAGAUACAGAAGGCCUUCGAGUCCUCAGAUCCAAGGAAAAGCAUUUGUAUGUCCAGAGAAGAGUUCAUGGAGAAGAUGGCAGACAUUGUUGGUUGGGGCACACAGGAAGAAUAUGGGGAGCUCUAUGACAAGGUGGACCUGGCUCGAGAUGGCUUUAUUAAUUGGGACAAACUGACCUCAUUUAUACUGUUGUCGCUUUAUGAGAAAGAUGAACGAGCAAAGGCAACUGUGGUUCCACAGUGGAAGGACCUUGAAUUCCUCCAAGGAAAACACAAGGACACCAUCCAGAAAAUAAUUUUCUUAAAGAGCUCAAGUCGUUACCUGACUAUUAGCAAAGAAGGCUUGCUAGGAAUCUGGGGAGAAAAUUUAAAGCUGCAAGAAACACUUCCCAUUACUUCCGAUGCCACCAAGCUCAAACACCUGUGGGUGACCAGUCUGGUUUCCCUGGAAAAUGCAAACAAGAUAGCGGUGGCAUUUACAAGCAAAGAAAUUUGUUUCUAUGAUCUGCUGUCUAAAGAAUUUCCCUGUCAAUAUAAACUCCAAGGCUUGAAAGGAACGCCAAUUUGUAUGGAUUAUUGGUACAAUUCUCUUGACAUCAAUGAAUCAAUUCUUUCCUUUGGGGACAUAACUGGAAAGGUUCAAGCAGUUGUUUUCACGGCAGCCUCGAUUUCCCUAUUUGAACGGCCUGUUAGUACAUGUGAAGAAGAAGAUGCUACAAUGACCAUUAACUGGGAAGACCUGCGCUCUGGGGGUCACAGGUGUUGCCAUGUCUUGGGACACAAGCUUCAUCAUGGAGACUGGGUGAGGCAAGUUGCCUACAACGCAUCCUUGGAUGUUAUCAUUUCCAGUACAACCAACAAUACAAAUACUGUGGUACUGGCCUGGAGAGAGAAAUCAAAAGAUCAUCUUAAAAUGACAUCCUUAAACAUUGCCCAGGGCAUUUAUGCUUUUGAUUACCACUCUCGGCUCAACUUAAUUGCAACUGCUGGCAUUAACAAUAAAGUUUGCCUUUGGAACCCUUAUGUUGUUUCUAAACCAGUCGGUGUUCUUUGGGGUCACUCAGCUAGUGUAAUAGCUGUUCAAUUCUUUGCUGAAAGAAAACAACUCUUCAGCUUCUCUGCAGAUAAAGUUUUGAGGCUCUGGGAUAUUCACCACCAACUGUCCAUCCAGAGGCUCGCUUGCUCUUUCCCCAGAAGUAAGGACUUCAGAUGUCUCUUCUGCUUUGACGAAACCCACGGGCGGCUUUUCAUCGCUUUUAAUAACCAACUAGCAUUGUUGGCAAUGAAAAAUGAGCCGAGCAAGAGGGUGAAAAGCCAUCAAAAGCCUGUGACGUGUGUUCUUUACAAUUCACUCUUGAAGCAGAUAAUUAGCUCAGAUGCAGGGUCUACAGUUUCCUUCUGGAUGAUAGACACUGGGCAGAAAAUCAAGCAGUUUACUGGUUGCCAUGGCAACGCAGAAAUCAGCACGAUGGCCCUUGAUGCAAAUGAGACCCGGCUUUUGACUGGCAGCGCAGAUGGAACUGUGAAGAUUUGGGACUUUAAUGGAUAUUGUCACCACACACUAAAUGUUGGACAAGAUGAAGCUGUGGAUAUUUCACACAUCCUUGUUCUCAAGAAUACAAUACUGGUUACAGGUGGGAAAAGAGCUGUCACUGUGUUUCGGCCCCAGAACUUCAAUCAAUUUUUCAUUCAGUCUGAAGAAUGGAAAGGAGGGGUCCAGCACCAUGAUGACAUUUUAUGUGCUGCAUUUUUACCUCCACAAACUCUUGCUACAGGGAGUUAUGAUGGAGAAAUUGUUCUAUGGAACAAUAGCACAGAAAAUGCUCACUGUGUCCUUCACCCUAAUUACCAGAGGCUGUUCAAAUCAAAACCAGAUAUAGAACCUCCAGAAGUGUCCAGUGCUGAGAGGAAAGGCUCCACUUAUGCCAUGGCAGACCAGGAUAGCACGGCGGCCCCUACCUUUGAGCCUGACACUGAGGGUAACAAUGCUGUUAUGAGGCUUUGUUUCCUCAAAGCAAGGAAAAACACUGCAGCAACAGGAGGAGCUGACCUGGUAUCAUGUGGAGGUUCUGGCUAUGUCAGAUUCUGGGACACAUUUAAUAAGCGACUUUUGGCUGAAUUUUUGGCUCACAGUGGAGUUGGAUCCAUCACCAUGUCUACUGAUAAGCUGAAUUGGUAUCUUACCACGGGAGAUCUAGUGGGAUGUUUGAAAAUUUGGAAGAUAGAGGAAUACUGUCUUGAUUCAAGCAAGAAAAAAAUCACACAGACGCCGACUCUGCUAAGAGCCUUCCACCCUCACGAGGGCCAGAUAACUUCCCUGGAGAUGUGUGAGCUGGGCGACCACUGCCUGAUCAUCUCGGCCUCUGCUGACUGCAGCGUUGGUGUGACCAGUGUCCACAGCGGCCCUGUGUGCACCUUUGGGCAGGCAAAACAUUGGAAUAUUGAAAGCUGCUUUUCUACUAUUGAAAGAGAUACAAAUUUAAUGGAAAGUGAGAUUCAAGAAGAAAGCAUGAAGGAAAACCAUUCAUAUUCUAAAGAGGAGCCAUACUUAGACUUAACUGAAAAUUUGCUACUUAACAAGCAAGAAAACAAUGACUCAGCAACUUCCAUGUAA